ACGCUGGCAAACAUCGCCGUGGCAACGAGCGCUCUGUCACCGCGCUGUGAAGCCUACGGCCGCCAUUAUGUCAAAGCCGAUUACCUUAACCGUGCGUGAGUAAAGCACCGGUCCCAGUACACCGACGUCCUAAGAGGAAAGUAGUUGUUGUUCUUCAAUGUCGCCUUAGCAGGGGCUCCGGCGCCAUUUUGGGUAGGACAUGCCAUUGAUUGUCCUACUUGUUUUAAACGUCAAUUGAAUACCGCAGGCGGCUUGUUAUAUCAGCCCAUACAUGUAUAAAGACACUGGACUACCGUGUGGUCCGCAAAAUCAAAAUAAUCUUGUUGAUGACAAUUUAUAACUGUUGGUUCCUUGUCAUGGCUCCUGCAGUGGGGGCAUAUUAUAAUACAGGUGGUUAUCUGGUUUCUCCUUAAUGCAGUUCUCCUGGAUGGAUUGCAUAGCUUGCAAUUUGAGCAAGUAUAUAUAAUUUGUUAGCUGUAUUAUGUCCCUUUGUCUUUUUUUAUAGUGAUGUAUGAAGUGCAAGAUAAAAGACUACAAGUCCCAUAAUCCUGCUGGGGUAUCAUUUACUUCCAGUGUGGUGUGUAUGGGUGAUUUCCUUAAGUGUUAUGGAGGAGUCUGCAUAACGCCUAUAUCUCCUGCCCUGUGACCAAUGUCUGCUUGGAAGAUUGUGUUUGCCUGUGAGUCUCUGAGUAAAAUACUCCAUCCUUCCAGUACAAGGCCUAGCGAUUACCCUCCGUGCAUCGGACUCCUCUUCUCAUUAUGGACAAGGAUCACACGACUGAGAGGAUACUGAACAUCACCCUGGAGAUCAUCUACCUGCUGACUAGAGAGGUCUACACAGUUGUGAAGAAAUCAGGUGAUGGGGUGACUCCCUGCAGCUGUCCCAAUGUGUCUAAUGGAUUGAGCAGGACCCUGAACCCCAUCAUGGAGUUUUCACCUCACUCACAGAUCCAUGAGAGAGACAAUGACCAGAAGGUCCUGAAACUCACCAACAAGAUCAUUCAGCUGCUGACUGGAGAGGUUCCUAUAAGGUGUGAGGAUGUCACUGUUUAUCUCUCCAUGGAGGAGUGGGAGUAUUUAGAGGGACACAAGGAUCUCUACAAGGAUGUCAUGAUGGAGAAUCACCAACCUGCCAGUUCAAAAGAUAUGCCAAGCUCUAUAAAAACUUCGGUAGCACUUGAUUUGCAAAUGUUAUCACCGGAUUCCAUAGGCGAAGAUGAAAGUUUAAUUGCCUUCAAUCCAAAGGCAGAAACAAACACUGUCAAUAAAGUUGCACCAGAAUCAACCUCUUGUGACAAACCUCUCCAAGUUACUAACACGUCUACAAAAUAUACGCAGACAGAACCUACUCCCACAGAAGAGAAGUCUCCUUUCAUUGGUGAAACUGCCAAUAUUACUUCCAGUCCCACAGACAGUACUGUGAGGAGAUACAUACCUGAAACUUCCAAAUCAUCUGAGGAAGGAAGUCAUACAGGCUCUGACUUCUACAGGCUGACAGAGCAAAAACAAAAUGCAUCUGCCCAACCAGGACAUGAGAUGGACUCAAGUGAUAAAGGGCAUCUCACAGACAAUAUUAUUUAUACACCAGAAAGACCCAAAUCUGCUGAUAUUACAGACGAAUCAAACUCCUGGGACGCUGACUUAACCUACCCAAAAAGUCUUUCACCCACAGAUCAAACGGAGGCCCAAUACACAUCGACAUGUAUUAUAGAGGUCGCAACCUUAUGUGAUAAAGGAAAAGUCACCUGUACAGAUACCUACACGCCCGCUGAGCGUAGACAGAAGUCAUAUACAAUUGCCGAAACCUCAGAGGUGCCAACGUCAACUGGCAAAAAUGUAAUGUACACCAACAUUUAUACACCCACAGAAUUAACACAAGCAGAUUUAACUAAUAUUAAGAAGGAGCUGGUGUCAUGGGAAGAUGGGAACCUGGAAUUGAAAAAUUUGUAUAUUCCGCCAAAAAAUGUGCAGCGAAAAAUAGUGCCCUCUGCUGAUAUUUGCGGCACCACCCCAUGGGACAGAAGUCUAACUGACAAAGACAGUUAUCCAAAGAUACCAUUUACCACCACUCGUAUCAAGACAGAAUGGGAAGAAGGGAAUUUUGCAGACAUUUAUGCACCUCCGGAUCUUACACAGGCCGCAUACGCCACUAUUAGCAUAGAAGACUACAAUAAAGACCCCAGUAAUAUAGAUAAAAUAAAUAAAAACCUGUCUAUAAUAAAUUGCACCUCGUACAAUGAGAACUAUAACAGUAGGCUAACCUAUGCCACACCCCAAAUAAUCCAGAUGUACAAUUGUCCUCUUUGUAACAAGUGUUUUUCUAGUAGCUCAAAUUUAGCCAAGCACAGGUUAAUCUGUAAAGGUAGGAAGCCGCACAUAUGCUCCGGAUGUGGGAAAUGUUUCGCCAGCGCCUCCUAUCUUGUUAUACACGAGCGAAUUCACACAGGAGAAAAGCCCUACUCUUGUUCACACUGCGGGAAGAGCUUCACCAGGAAGCCGGACCUAAUCCGGCACGAGAGAAUACACACGGGGGAGAAGCCAUUCGCGUGUCCAGAAUGUGGGAAGUGUUUUACCAGUGUCUCCAAUAUAUUUAUGCACAGGCGCAUACACAGUGGAGAAAAGCCGUUUCCCUGCUCCGAAUGCGGGAAACGCUUCAUUAAGAAGUCCGAUCUGGUACGGCACGAGAAAAUUCACAUGCCUCAGAAACCUCUGCCUUGUCCCGAGUGUGGCAAAUAUUUUGGUUCAAAGGCCAUCCUAAAUAAGCACAUGCAGGUUCAUGCCGGAGAGAAGACGGUGACUGUUUGUGAAGCCAGUUGAUUUUUUAUUUUUAUUUUCAUAUGCUGUAUUAUGAAAAACUCAAAUUGAAUAAUGCAAUUUACUGUAUUCAAAAUGGAAAGGUUCUUCCCAUUUUGCACUGGUGCCCUCUCUCCCUUUUUACUCUUAGACAUUUGGUAAUAAUCUGUUACAGUAGUAUUUCGCUACAGCUUCUGGGAAUUUGCAGUGGACAGGAAAACUCCAUCUUUAGGGAUAUUUAACAGUAAACCAAUCCCCGAGAUAAUGCCAAUGGUCAGAUGUUGGGAUCCCUGGCUCUAUGCAACUAGCAUCGGCCCUCUGCUAUUGAAGGGAAUGGGAAAUAUUUUGCAUGGGUAGAGAUCAUUUCUGACUCACCGGUAGAUCUUUACUCCUGACAGUAUCAAUGAAUUAGCAAGACCGGUAGGAACAAUGCAUGUGGUACCUAAGGGGCAGGGGGUCUUGAAUAAACAGAGCAAUCCUCAUGUACCAUAAAAGCGCAUAUGUCCGGUUUCUAAAUUAUGGAAGAUUAAACAUCGAAGUCAAGUUGUGACCAACUGUUCUUUA